AUGAAGAACGACAGGACGGAGAGAGAUGGCUCGGCCACUCCUGUGCCCCAGAAUGUCUCGCUCCAGAGACGCUGGGCACACGAAUACGCUCUGACACAGCCGGGCUACGAUGAACUCCCAUGCCCAACCGAGAACGACGGGGCUACCCUCAUCACCCAGCCCGGCACCCCGUUGCCACCAAAGUUCUACCGCUUCCCGACACCCGGCGAUGAAGACUCUCGACCCGACCCGUACACGCCUGCGUCGACGCCCCGGACGGCCAUGGACCUGGACAGCCAGAUUUUCUGUCUGAGGAUCCGGCUGGCGCUGUUUGACGCGAUCGUCGCGGCCGGGGGCAGCCAUGAGCAGUACCUGCGAGUGGUCUACGACUCGAUGACCGAUGAACAAUUUUACGAAUUCGAGAAGGGGUACGACGUCCCAGAAUUCCAAUUCCGGGUGCCACCGUCGGCCGUGGCGCGCUACAGGGCCUCCCAAGAGAACGAUGAAGUCAUGCAAGAGGACGACGAAGACAUCCAAGAAGACGGGGAAAUCUCCCUCGAGGACGGGGAAAUCUCCCUCGAGGAUGGGGAAGUCCUUGAAGAGGAUGGACCCUCUGAAAUGCCCGACGCGGACGUCGCCAUGGCAGACGUGCCGACCAUCAGACACACUGAUUUCUGGGUGCCUGUGCAGAUCGCCGGCCAGAAGCGCAAGGCCCCGUCUCUGCUUGAGGACCCCCUCGACGCAGAGCAGCCUGAUGAACAAACUGGCUGCGAGGACAAGUUCGAGGCUUUCACUUUUGAUGAGGAGCUCGGGGGGGAUUAG